CUCAUUCCUAACUUCUACAAAGCAAUUUCACUCUAACACUUUAAUUGCUUGUUGGCCGAGCUGGAAAAGACAAGGACUUCUCUGCACACCGAAAAAAACCUCUCCGAGGUAAGUGAGGGUACGAAUUCUGGCUGAAUGUUUCAGGUGGAGGUAGAACAGCCUGAGGGGUGGCAAAAAGAGAGGGAUUUGGGGCAAUAGUUGAAUAACUGUCACCAUGGAAACGGGUGGAGUGUUCCUGCCGUCUAGAACUUUGACCUGUAACUUCUCUACAGACAUGGCGCAUACUCCUUGUUAUUUGUCUGCCAGGGAGAUGUCCUGAGAUAUCCGGUAAUAAAAUCCCUAAAAUGAGUAUAUAGAUACAUUUCAUCAUUUUUGGCCAAAAUUUACCAAAAUAUUUGUAUUUAUUUUUGUUUCCCACCUUGCAUCCCAUAGGCUGUCACGGUUAUCACUAAACACACUGUAUUUCAGAGAAUGAAAACUGACGCUAAACACAGAUAUUUUGCACAGCUCCGCUGUUUUAACCCCAAGCUCGCCAUUCUGGUUUACGUCUAUAAAAUGCACAGUUUAGGGAAUAAUGCUUCGAGACAGUAGGAUUUCUUCAUUAAAGAUCACAAAUAUAUUUCUGACACUUUUCGAGAUGAAGUUUUUUAGCUGUGAGAUGAACACAUUAAUAUUUUAUUUUCAGCUUGAUGGCCAGAUAUCUAGAACUCAGUUUAACGUGCGGCAAUGGUUGGUGCGAGCAGGUAAAAUGCUGGCCCUAAACGUCUGGCAGGUGUAUUCACAGCGUCCCACUAACAAUACCAGGAUGUCAUUCUAGAGCUAAAUGUGGGGGAAACAAUUCGAUUUCACACUUGCCAGGACAUGCUGAGCCGCAAGACUCUCACUAUCAUAACUAGUGAUGGGUUUUUUUAGCUAUAAUUCCCAGGACUCUCAGUCAGCCAAAGGUCAUAAACCACCUGCCAAAAAAGUUAUCUACCUGUUUUGUGGGGAUGGUUUUAUCCUGACAUUUCUCAAAUCACUUGUGCUUUUCUUUAUAAUUUACCCUUCUGUAUCAAGUGGCUGUUUGUAUUUUGUAAUUGUAUUAAUUAGUUAUUAACAAUAUUAAUAAAUUGCCAACAAAUUCUGCUGGUUGUACACAGAGCCACCAUCAGGGGGUGACAACCAUGACGGUUGUCACGUGCACGGUGGCCCUGGGGGGGCCCGGCCGCGCGGGCCCCACGUGUAGCAGCGGAAUUACCACCGGUGCAGUUGCUCUGGGCCUACGCACUUAAGGCCACCCGAUGGGCCAUAUAUCUUCAGUAAUCGGUCAGCGCUGUGGCCGUGUAAUAGCGCGACUGGGCCCCUUUAAAAAAAAAGUGCAGCCGUAUCGCAAGUGCUGCUGGGAGAAAGUGGUCACUUCCUCCCAGCUCACGCCGCGCGGGAGGAGAGCCAGCGUGGAGGCCUUGAAGAGGGAGAACCACCCUCCUGCAAAGAAAAGGUAAGAACAGGAGGGUGGCUGAGAAAUGAGCUCCGUGUGUGUGUGUGUGUAUGUCAGUAUGUAUGUCUGUAUGUCCUUAUGAAUGUAUGUAAGUGUGUAUGGAUGUCAGUGUCUAUAUGCAUGUAUGUCAGUAUGUAUGCCAGUAUCAAUAUAUGUCAGUAUGUAUGUAUGUAUGUGUGUCAUUAUGAAUGUAUGUCUGUGUGUGUAUGGAUGUCAGUGUCUGUAUGAAUGUAUGUAUGUAUGUAUGUAGGUAUGCGUGUAUGAAUGUCGGUGUCUGUAAGUAUGUCAAUAUAUAUGUAUGUGUCUGUAUGUAUGUUGGUAUGUGUCUGUCUGUCACUAUGUAUGCCUGUGUGUCUGUAUAUGUGUGUAUGUCUCAGUAUGUGUGUGUCAGUAUGUAUGCCUAUAUGCGUGUAUGUCUGUUUCAGUAUGUGUGUCUGUUAGUAUGUAUCUGUGUGUGUUUGUGUGUGUAUCUGUGUCCUUUUGUAUCAGUGUGUGUGUUUGUGUCUGUGUGUGUAUUCCUGUGGGCGUGAUUUGGAGGUGGACCCAGUGGGCGGGCUUGGAGGCAGGCCCCCGGCGGCCCAGACCCUGAGCUGAGUUAGGGGCCCCAAAAUUUCUGGUGGAGGCCCUGGGUGUACAAUAGGUGGACUGGCCAGUCAGUGGUGAUACUAGUCAGGUUGGGCGUCCAGGUGCAGAAGGUCAAAGGAGCUAACACUCUAAGGGUAUCAUUUACACUCCAAACUAAAUGUCAUUUUUUGUUGUAUAUCAGUUAUCAGUGUAUAUUUUAUAUGUUGUUCUAUGUUUUGGAUUUAAAAAAAAAAUCUGUUAACGUAAGGGAAGAAUAUAAUUCGGUAUAAGGAAGGUUUGGUCUAUUCUGUGAACAUCGAGCUAAUAAAAUACAACUUUAUGUAGAAAGCACAUUUCACCUUCAGCUUCACCUUCACCUUCACCUUCACCUGCAGCAAUUCAUGAAAAAAAGUCACAUUAAAAAAGCCCCCAGCCCCUCCCUGCUGAGCUAUCGUGGCAAGGUAUUGGUUAAUAAUACAUGCAAUGUUUGCCCUCAUUCUGCCAUCUGUGGGAUUGGUUGAUCAUUCAUAGUUUCUCCCUUAACCCAUUGCAAAAAAUUGUAAUUUAAUGGCGCGGGGCAAUAUUUCCACUUACACAGAGCAUUGGUUUCACUUAGGAUCCUUUUAUUUUAUUGCAACCUGCGGUGGGACUUUCAGAAUCAAUGACUAUUACCAUUGAAACAAAUCAAGGAUUGUGGUUAUUAAAGCACUAUAACCACUACAGACUUGGCCAAGGAGUGCCUUUGUGCCAUCCCACAGUAGUUAGUUAAUAUUAGCAUGGUAUGACUUACCCGGGUUCCCACGCAUACCGGCCUUCUCCUGCUGGUUGUCUCCGUAGAAUAAAACUUGGCCAAUGCAGGACCUUUCGGCCAGUGAACGCCAAUUACCGCAGUGCUGCACAGUCCCGGACUCGUCGGCUGAGAAAUCAAACUGCACUAAAACAGAUUGGGACUGAUAGGCAGCAGAUGGUGUACACUCAGUCCAGCCCGCUACACCAGGCUGGUGAUAAGUGGUAACAGAGACACAGAAAACAAGUACAAUGUUUCAGCACCACCCGGGCGAUUAUUGCCGAUCUAGUCGGACCAACUGAGUUUGGCUUUAGUAAAUAUGAGAAUUGCCAGUACGGUCAGAAUGCAAGCAUUUUCGCCAUGCUUAGUGAAUAACCGUGAGAGUGUUUAGUGACGUUAUAACAGAUUGCAUGUUUAUAAAAUAUAAGAUGACUGCUCUGGUUUAAGCAAUAAAGAUGGUCUUCUUCCUGUUUGUCGGCGCUGAUUUUCACUUGGAGACAAUAAUGACCAGGAACAAUUGCAUUUUGAUCAUUUUUCACCAAAUAUUGCUUUGAGGAAACAUCCAGAAUCAGAAAUCUUUGCAUUUCCAGGACACAUAGAUAAACAGCCUGGGCGAGAUCGCCGCUUUGGGCGAGACUUUCUCAUGAUAUUAGGGCAAAGAACUGGAGGUAAAUAUAAAUUUCGAGCUGGUUGUAUAGCAACACAUGGGGUAAAUAUAUCUCCAUGUACGCAGCAGUAUACUGAAUAUACACAGCAAGCCUCACGCUCCCCCUGCUGGACCAUCGGGAUCUCAGGACCCCUUCUACACCAUCAUGGAUUCAGGACCCCAGCUAGACCCCCCAAACGGUGUUAACCCCUGCUGGACCACAAGGGAGUAUAAUCCCCCCAUUGGAUCACAUGAUUCAUAGUCCCAAUUGGUCGAAGAGAGCCAAGCAGGAGGGGACUGCACAGAGCACGAACCACAAACAUUAUCUACAACUACCACACAAACAUCACAUGCAGCCAGCACACAUCACACACAGCCAGCACACAAACAUCACAUAUAGCCAGCACACAUCACACACAGCCAGCACACACACAUUAUCUACAGCCACCACACAAACGAUACAUACAGCCAGCACACAUCGCACACAGACAUCACACACAGCCAACACACAUCACACACAGCCAGCACACACACACACAUUAUCUACAGCCACCACACAAAUGUCACAUACAUCCAGCACACAUCACACACAGCCAGCACAUAUAGCCAGCACACAUCACACACAGCCAGCACACACAUCACACACAGCCAGCACAUAUAGCCAGCACACAUCACACACAGCCAGCACACACAUCACAUAUAGCCAGCACACACAUCACAUAUAGCAGUUAGCUGAACUCGACACUGUAUCAUUUAUCACCACCUGACUCUAACUUUGACCUUAGAUGUCCAAAAAGCAAGAAUCCCCUCAGGUGUUUAUCUAUGGAAGAAUUUACCUGGCGUUACAGAACGUACUUUCACGUUAUGCAUUCAUCUUAAAUUCUUUGCUUGACUUGAACGACUGACUUUCCAGAAAGGAAUUACUAAAAAAAAAACAGUAUCUGUGCACACAGUGCAGACAUCAAUCAGCAGCUUAUAGUCAGUAAUAGGGAUAUGUUCGGAGGAAAAACAUUUUUUUGAUGUUUUGUUUCAAUGAUUUUGAAUUUCAAAAUUCUAAAAUUAUUGAUUCAGACAAACAGAAUUUCACGCGAAAAUUUCAUUAAUUUCCAAAAUUCGGGCACUAACCUCUCAUUCUGGCUUUCCUCCUUAAAUCCCUAUAUUGCUCCUUUUCCAACGGGGAAUACAGAAUGUUCACUGUAAAGGGUCAAAGACACAAUCAUUCUCUUCCAAAGACAGAAAUCCCCUCUCAGACUUUUUUCCUCCAAUCUUUUAAAGCAAAAAUUCCCAUUAAUUGUGAAAUAUUUUUGCAGCACAAUGAAUGAUGGAGAUCAGCACAGGUGCUAAAACUUUAUACUUUAUAUUCCUCUCUGCUAUACUUUAACACUGGCAGCCCUUGUUUUUUAUUUUUCAGUUUUUUACUCUUAUUAUCGCUGAUGUGGAAUAACUGGUUUGUGUGUCCGGGUUUCGGAGUGAACCUGACAUGUCUGCCUCGGAGCAUUCACUCUCUGGGACAGUGUGAACACAAUGACUGAGUCCUCACCUGCUGAUAUUCUAACCUCUAGAUCAAUCUUUUGUUUUGGCCUCAAGGAUUUUUUUACAGGUCUGAGUUUAAUACCCCCUCAUUGUUAGUAUGGUGGGGGAGUAGUUUAAUGUGGGUGGCUUUGGAACCCCUAGUCACAAUAAUGUAUCAUUAUUUAGAGCCCCCACCUGCCGCCCAUGGGUGGGGUCGGAAGGGGUGACACUAGGCCCUCCGCAUACUAUUAUUAGAGCCCCCACCUGCUGCUAGUGGAUGAGGGCUGGUGUUUGGACAUUAAAGCCCCCAAUUUAAAUUAUUAGUGAGGACAUUAGGAUCCCCCUUAUAUUAUUAUAAUAGCCCAACUCACCUCCAAAGUUGGGGUACUGGUGUGGGGACGCGAAGUUCCGACUGGCUGUUCAGUCGCUAGUAUUAAAUAUUUAGUAGAUAUGUAUCUAUAUAUGGUUUAAAAUCUCUCUUAUAUUGAUUCAGGGUCUUUUUUUUAUUAAUAACUUUGUUUAUUUUUUUUAACUUUUUAAUAGAACAGUUACCUAGCAAGUGCUAUCAAGACGCCGCAUAAUUAACCCUCACAAUGCAUGGGUUUUUAACUAUUUGAUGGCUGGCAAAUAGUCAUGUUCUGUUGGAGAAAUUGUAUAGAUAUUCUUAGGUCUUGCCCUUACCUGAUCCUGCAAACUAGACUGCAGCUAAUCUGAUUGUCUUACAUAAUGAAAAGAACCUCGUCCAUGACACGUGGGUCAAAUGGUGUUUUAACAUCUGAGGGUCUAACGUUUCUGCAACACUUCAGGGUUAAAUCAUCCGCCAACACCUAAUGGACAAAUGGACUUUCAACACCUGAGAGUGAAACAGACCUCUAAUACCUAAGAGUCAAAUGGUCCGCCAACACCUGAGAGUCAAACGGUCCGCCAACACCUGAGACUCAAACAGACCUCCAGCACCUGAGAGUUAAACGGUUCUGCUACACCAAGUCUUUCUCAGGUGAAUCUCUGAUUUUUAUUGCAUGCUAUAGAUUAAACAUUUUGCAUAAUGAUACAUCUAGAGGACUUUUUGAGACACUUUUUGUGCUUGGUUGAUGUUCCCGUAUGAUGGGGGUACAAAGUGAUACACAAUGAUCUUGCCUCUGGUUUCCUGCAUACAACACAGACAUAAUGAUUUGUUUCACUGAUUUUUAUACCAGGACUGCCAAUAAUUUGAUAUGUGGAGAUGCCAGUUAUGUUCAAACGAGCAUGUUGGUAAAACCCUGUCUAUUGUCCGUCCAUGGUGGUUUAUAUCAUCAAACAGCACCUUUUAGCUGUGACUUUACCUCUUUGAAGGACUAUUUCCUUCCCAGUCAUCGUGUACCAGAUGUAUGCCCCGAAUUAUUUAAGAAGUUUCUAGGUUUUUACAAAUUUCCAUCUGCACAGAUUAAAUAAACCUCUUUUUUUUUGCCUGCUCAUAUCAACUCUUGGCCAUCCUGCAUUUAUAUUUAGCAAAAAUCCGUUCCGUUAUGGAGCUGUAUUAUGUAUAACAUGAUCUUUCUGUACCUCCCUGACAUUAAUCUGAUCCCCCUGUCUAUGUCUUGCCAAGUGAUGAAAUCACCUCGUUCAGACGUUGUAGCCAAUUCAUGGAAAACACAGGAAAAGAACGAGCAGAUAAUUCCACUGAGCGCAAGCGAUCUUUUUAUGUAGGUGUCUUUUGAUAUUUCCAUAUGGCUGGAACCCGUCCAAGCCGGAUAAUGUGGGUGUAGCCUGAUAAUAUUUAGGUUAUAACAAUAUCGCUACCGUACACAAGAGGGUACAGAUAUUUAAGUCGUGCUUUGAUUUUUAUAUCUGGAUUUGUGCUUUGUGUCAAUAUGUUACAGUGUCCUUUCAGAAGUCCUGUAAUCCACAGUGAUAAGAUUCCAUGCUGUUUGAACCAAGCUUUUGAAAUGAAAUGGAAAAUGCAUUUUGCCAACGUUGGCGCAGACGCAGUUCUCUGUUUUCAGUAGGAGAUAGAGUUAUCUUUGCAGGGAAAAUCUCUUGCCAAAAUACACAGAGCUAUUAUACACAACUGCUAAUUAGGGGGAUUAUAUCCAAGUCACAAUUCAAGGAGCCCUUAUUGUCACCUGAUUGUUAUCAUUCAACAGAUCUUCCUCCCAGAAAGAAAUUAUUAAGCAGAUCUUGGCGCAGUGUACUAAGGGACAAGUGAAACGAAAGCAGAGUGUAUGUUAAGGGGAGUCCAUGCAAUCCUAAACAAAGGAUCAUCACCCCCUGUUCUUCCAGUGCAAAUACAUUGCUGUAUUGUAGAAAAAUAUAUAUAUAUUUUUUUUAUAUGUGUGUGACUUCUACAGUCAUAUCUAAUUAGCAUUGCAAGGUCUAAUGUCAAUUCACUACAUAUCUACCAAAUAAUAAUGAUAAAUAUUGGUAGGUCGUAAUUAUAGGACUUUAGCCAUAGUUAUAUUCCAAGUCGUAUAAUCGAUACCAAAAUUUACCAAAUCGCUCAUCUGAAUCUGCAUUUAGACAAUUGUCUAGAAAUCUGUAUUCCUGACUUGGCUUGACUUGAACCUAAAGUUAGCAUUUCGCUAAUCAGGAUCUAAACAUAAUAGAACCCUCUUAACGUAUCCCCCAAGUUAGCCCUGAAAUUACUUUAGAAAACAAAUCCUCAAUUCUCAUGUUGUAAGUAUUUUUUAUUUCAAAUUAAAUGUCAGUAAAUCGAGCUUAUGAACAGAGCAAGAUCACCCAUUAGGCAGCCUAGUUGGUGGUCUAGGUCCUAGUGGGCCCAUGUCGGGGCAUGAUGCUUCAUCUCUAAUGGCGAGACGGCUCUCCCAAAUAGAUCAGAAGAUCUUCCUGCUGGGCCUUGAGCCCCCUCACUUCAUUGAGUCUGUACCAAUAUCGAGAACAGGCCACUUUAAAGCUCCGUCUGUGGACCUUAGUCAUUGACUGAGGUCACCCAAAGAUGAUACUCCUCUUGCCAAAAAGUAAACAGGAUGGGGAAAAUUAAAAAUUUAAGAACUUCAUUUACCACAAACAACACAUAAUCAGCACACGCAGACACACUAAUUCUCCCCAAUCUAGCUCUCGGCCUCCUCCACAUAUAGCAGUCAGACGAUAUACACUAGAGGCCAGGCCGUACUAGGGGGUGUCAAGCAAGAUUGCUCACAGACCAUUUGUUGGUGAAUCUGACAAAGGCAUUACAUUACAGGCAAAAUCUGUAAUUUAAUAGAUUUUCCACCAUCAUACCGGAAAUGUGGGUACUGGAAGGGAAAAUCAGUGUGACUCAGUCCUUAAUUAGGACUUCUUCAUGGGAAUCUGGCCACUUGGGAAGUAUGACUGGAGUUUAUCUAAUAAGGGAUGAGUGCAGUGAGAUGAUGUGAGAUCUGCUGCUAGCGCUGGUCGGUUUAAAAUUAAUUCUAAUAAGACUUACACUUAAAGUCUAAUAAUUAUAAUAAUUAGAAUAGGAAUCCCCUUGAAGCAUUCUUUGUGUUAAGCUAUUUCAAUUGCUUUUAUUUGAUUUGUUAAUUGCAAACAGCUGAAAGUCUGUACAUUUUGAUAAUAAACCUGGAUUCAAAGGGGGUUGAAUCAUUUUGAUUACCACUGUUAACCUAUGACCACCCAGAGAAUGAUAAGGGUGGGAGGGCAGUCCGGACCCUACACAUUCUUUGUCAGAGCUCCCAUUCUCGGGAAGGACGUGAUUGCUGUUUGCUACGUGAUAUCUAUUGUUUUCCAAGCCAGUAGAACCAGUGUUAGCCAGCUGGAUGCAGCCAUUAUGUUUUCUCAGAGCAAUACAAACACAAUGUAGCCGUGUCCUAAUCUCCCCUGAUGAUCUUGUUUGGGCUCAAUAAAAAGCAUGUAACAAGUUAGUGUUAGAAUGUGUCCUGUUAAUAUUGUGAGUGCACAGGUCUUUGCAAACUGACAGCUUUUCCUUAGGGAAGAGAUUUGAACUGUCCAACCCGUCUAACUCUGCCGCAGUCAGAGUGAAUUGAAGGUAAAUAUCCUGCAAAACAAGGAAGUAUGGGGCUACAAAUAAUGUUAUUGGUGUUAUUCAGCAAUUGUGAAUCUGUCAGGGACAGAUCAGAAUCAGCAGUGUUGGAGAAAUACCUAAACUGCAGAGUUUUUAAAAUCACGUUAUUUUAUAUAGGGCCUAACGAGAAUUGACGAAAGAAUUGCACAUUUUAUUCCAAAAUAGUCGAGCUUGAAAAAUAGCUUAGUUGCAGAAUGCUUCCGUGACGGACCGCCUGGCACCCCGACCAGGUACCUCCGUCAAUCGCAGCUUCCUAGUACUUGCGAGCACCAUAAGCACCGCACUCUGACACCUUAACCACCGUAAACCCCACAAACCGCCGCAGCUUUGUUGGGGUCUCGCUGUCCUCCACCCACCCUGGACCCAAGACCAGGAUCCAGCUUCCAGUGGGUAGACCUCUCCUAGUCCAGAGAGUCAAGAGCUAGUGAUUAUAAUCCAAGGGAGUAUAAUGAGUAUAGCAAUCCCGAGAGUGAAUAUAGCUCUCCAAUCCCCCUAACAUGAGCCUAGACUUCAUGAGAGUAAAACGAAUCUGUUUAAUGGCAGCCACAACUGGCCUUACAUACAGGUCCCCAUGCAAGGGGCACUCCCUCCUGGAUGUGAGAGUAGACUACAGUAAUAACAUAUACACUAUUACAGGGCUUCCCAAACUUUUAUGGGCCGAGACCCACUUUUCAAAAUGGUAAUUUUUCGAGACCCACUUGCUUUUAAUGCAUAUUUAAAAAAGUGAACACCAUGGCAACCAGCUUUAGAGGCAUACAAUUGGCACACCAUGGCAACCAGCUUUAGAGGCAUAAAAUUGGCACACCGUGGCAAUCCGCUUUAGAUGCAUACAAUUGACACACUAUAGCAAUCCGCUUUAGAUGCAUAUAAUUGGCACACCGUGGCAAUCAGCUUUAGAUGCAUCAUGGCAAUCAAUUUUAGAGACAUACAACUGCUUACUCACAGACUCAGAAUCAGAAGUGCUGUGUCCUGCUCUUUCAUCCAGGCACCUCACAUUGAUUAUCCCAGUGGUGGAACUGGGUGCAAAAAUGUUUUCUGGGUCCGCCCUCUAGUGCAAGUGUGGCCAAAAGGUAGUUCUCCAUCUGUCGGAGAACUUCAACAAUGCUGUACCAGAUGGGGAUCUACCAUUUUCUUAUCACUGCAGGGUUAUUUUUGUGAGCAGUGUUUGAGCGUUUGAAUGUAAGCAUGUUUUUGUAUUAAGUAUAUGUGUGCAUGUAUGGGUGUAUUUGUAUGUACUGUUGCCAUUGGAAUGUAGUGGUGUACUUGUUUGGAAUGUUUGCGUCUGAAUGCUUGGGUGUUUGUAUGUAGUGUAGGACUUUAAAUGUAGGUGUGCUUUUUGUGUGUAGUGUUGGUGUUUGAAUGAAGGGGUGUUUGUAGAUAAUUUUAGUGUUUUAAUGCGGGGUGUGUUUGUAUGUAAUUUUUGUGUUUGCAGUACGUGUGUAGUGGAUGCAGUGUGUGUGUGUGUGUGUGUGUAGUUGAUGCAGUGUGUGUAUUGUGUUCAUAAAAUAUACAUAUACACAAUGUGUGUUUGAAUGUACGCAUGUUUUUUGUAUGGAGUAUGUGUGAAGUGUAUACACAUAUACACACACAUACAGAGACACACACAGACACAAAAAUACACACACUGACACAGCAAUACACACAGACACACAAUGACACCUAGUUUCCCACACAUAGAUACACAGAUACUCAUGUACACAGAUACACACUGACACACAGACACACACACUGACACAAAAGGACACACAGAUACACAUACACGCAGAGACAGGAGGUGAGGGUGACAGUGUGUGGGAGAGGUGAGGGUGACAGUGUGGGAGGGCAAGGUGAGAAAGGUUUACAGUGGGCGGGCAGGGGGAGAAAGGUUUACAGUGGGCAGGCAGGGGGAGAAGGGGUGGGCAGGCAGGGGGAGAAAGGGUUACAGUGUGGGGGGCAGGGGGAGAAAAGGCUACAGUGGGGGGGCAGGGAGGAAUGGAUUACAGUGUGGGAGGGGGCCGGGAAGAGAGGUUACAGGUGGGGAAGGCAGGAGUGAAAGGGACAGUGUGGGGAGGGUGUAGGGAGUGAAGGGGUUACAGUUGGGGAGGGCAGGGAAGGUGAAGGAGGUUACAUUGGGGAGGGCAGGAGUGAAGGGCUACAUUGGGGAGGGCAGGCAGUGAAGGGGUUAAGGUGGGGGAGGGCAGGAGGAAGGGGGUCAUGGGGAAGGCAGGGAAUGAAGGGGCCACAGUGUGGGGGGGGGCAGGGGAAGGCGGGGAGGGCAAGGUUACAUUGGGGGAGGGGGGCAGGAGAGAAAGGGGCAACAGUGGGGAGGGGGGGGCAGGGAAGAGAAAGGGCUACAGUGUGGUCGGGGCAGGAGAGGAGGGGUUACUGUGGAGGGGGCAGGGAGAGAAGGGGUUACAUGAGAGGGGGCAGGAGUGAAGGGGCACUGUGGGAGGGGGCAGAGAGUGAAGGGGGGGAGGGGCAAGGAGUGCAGGGGGAGGAGGCAAGGAGUGUAAGGGCUAGGGGGGGGGUGCAGGAGAGAAGGGGUUGGGGCAGGGGGAGAAGGGGUUACAUUGUGAGAGGGGGCAGGGAGUGAAGGGGUUACACUGUGGGAGGGGGGCAGGGAGUGAAGGGGUUACAUUGGGGGAGGGCAAGGAGUGUAGGGGUUGCAUCGGGGAGGGCAAGGAGUGUAGUGGUUACAUUGGGGAGGGGGGCAGGGAGAGAAGGGGUUACAGUGGGGAGCCGGGCUCCCUCCAAUCAGUCUGCCCAGACUGGAGGUGCUGGGCAAACUGAUUGGAGGGAGCCCGGCGGCAUACAGGGCAAGCCGUCGGGCUCCCUCCUGGUGUUGGAUGGCCCUGGAUGUGUGGGUCAGCGCGACCCACCGGGAAUCGCCCUGCGACCCACACUUUGGGAACCGCUGCACUAUUACAUUGGCUCUCAGGCCUGGACACUCCCAUACAAAAUAGGCCAAUCCCUCCACUGUGCCUGAGAGAUAAAGGAGUCAAGUACUGUAUUAAACUCAUUUAUCUCAAGGCACAAAAACAGACAAACCUUAAAAAUGCCUUAAAACACACAAAAUCCCGACAAACGUUACAUCCCCUGAAUGCCCUGAUCUGGGCGACCAACAUAUCCAAAAAUUACCCAGAUCAGUUCAGGGGUUCAGGAAUUUCCUGGAAGUCAUAAUUUGACCUACCGCACUCAUGGUCCCAUGACCAAAACGGCUCCAGAGAAUUAGGGCUUACGGUCAGUCUAGUUCGGUAGUUUAAAAACGAACAAACUACCAAACAGAGUCAAUAGUCUUACCCUGGAGCUUGAUCCCCUUGUUCGUGGGAACGUUUUCACCGAACAGUGUCUUCCUAAGUGCUAUAAAACUGAACACAGGCGAUCAUGGAAGUCCAGCGGUGUUCGGGAGUUUCUGUGUCCAUUUUCAGUUCCAUGAGAUUCAUGCCCAAACACCGCUACCUGCGUUCAUGCGAACAAGAUGGCCACCAACUACAUAGGAAUUGUGGCCACCCAGACGAACACUUAGAACACUGUGGUGGAAAUUGCUACAAAGUAGCAAUUAGGCUUAACCAGCUCCAGGGUGGUCUCUGCUUCGUGCGGCUGUUCGGUUCCGGAACCAAAUAUAAAAUCCCACGAACCAAGUCUGUUCACAUAGUUUUUAAAGGGCCCAUAGUCUUUUGGUAAGAGGAUGGCCAGCAGGCCCCUCCAAGCACACGUGGCGAGGCUCAGUUCGUCACAGCUUCCAUUUCAGCAGUUUUGUCCUCAAUUUGCGUUCCCUCGACGGUCCUUCAUUAAAGGAACACUAUAGUCACCUAAAUUACUUUAGCUAAAUAAAGCAGUUUUAGUUUAUAGAUCAUUCCCCUGCAAUUUCACUGUUCAAUUCACUGUCAUUUAGGAGUUAAAUCACUUUGUUUCUGUUUAUGCAGCCCUAGCCACACCUUCCCUGGCUAUGAUUGACAGAGCCUACAUGAAAGAAAAACUGGUUUCACUUUCAAACAGAUGUAAUUUACCUUAAAUAAUUGUAUCUCAAUCUCUAAAUUGAACUUUAAUCACAUACAGGAGGCUCUUGCAGGGUCUAGCAAGCUAUUAACAUGGCAGGGGAUAAGAAAAUCUUAAUUAAACAGAACUUGCAAUAAAGAAAGCCUAAAUAGGGCUCUCUUUACAGGAAGUGUUUAUGGAAGGCUGUGCAAGUCUCAUGCAGGGAGGUGUGACUAGGGUUCAAAAACAAAGUGAAUUAACUCCUAAAUGGAAAAGGAUUGAGCAGUGAGGCUGCAGGGACAUGUUCUAAACACCAAAACUGCUUCAUUAAGCUAAAGUUGUUCAGGUGACUAUAGUGUCCCGUUAAUCUCCCCCAUUCCUAGAGGGUAACUCCACUGUUCCAAGGAUGGGGGGGUAACUCCACCAUUCCCAGGAGGGAUAACUAAACCGUUCCAAGGAGGUGUAACUCCACCGUUCUAAGGAAUGAGGGUGGGGGGGAGUAACUACUUUAUUCCUAAGGGGGUAACUCCACAAUUCAAUGGGCGGGGGACUUCAUCGCAUCUCCCACUUCUGCUCUCCAAGCAAAGAACCACAGCACAUGCACUGUGGUUGCUACAGAUACUUCCUAGCCGAUUCUGCUAGCGACGGUUCUGUUCAGAAGCAGCGUGUCAGCAUCACACGGACGCCUGCUUUGCUUGGCAAGUGUCCGCACGCAGGGCAAAUCACAUAGGACAGCGUGGGGUGGGGAAUGGGGGAGGACAAACAGAAGAGUUAACCCCAGGAGAAUGAGGAAAUGGUGGCACUGGGACAUAGAUAUGGUGAGUAAAUAUCAGUAUUUUACAUUGAAUAUAUUAUGUAUCUUUGUGAUAUAUGAUGAAUUCAGUGUAUUUUGGGACAAUUUACGAAAAGAUUUUUAUUCAUUACAGGUUCAUUUUAAUGGGGUGCUAUAAUCACCAAAACAACUUUAGCUUAGUGACGUUGAUGUGGGGUACACAUCAAUCCCCUGCAACUCGCUCACACUGCCUUCAUGAGAAAAAGGUUGUAUUUUACAGCACAGUGUGUUUACCUUUAUUUCCUGCUCUGUAAAUUGAACUUUAGUCUCACACAGGAGGCUGCUGUAGGCUCUAGCAAUUAACAGAGCAGAAGAUAAGAUAUUUGAAAUUAAACAGACUGUGAAGUGUCAUUUUGCAUCAUAACCGAGUCUAGCAGACUCUUUGAAUCACUAACUCAUAAUUUGAGAUUUGGUUAUUUUUUAAAGGCACACUAAAGGCACCCAUUUCUGUUUGUUUUAGGACUACCCUUGCAAUUUUCAGAUCGACCUGAAAUAUUUCAUAACAAAUCGAAAUGUUGUAUCAAACUGAAAUUUCUUCAUGAAAUUCUUUAGAAUUGAAACAUUUCCACCAUGCACACGUUUAGUAGGGAGGCUGUGAGUCUCAGCCCGGGUAGGUGUGCCAAGGGCUGCAUAAACAGAGGGAUUUAACUAUUAAAUUGCAGAGAGACUGCAGAGGCAUGAUCUAUACACUAUAACCACUUCAUUAAAAUAACGUUGCCUAUAGUGUCCUUUUUAAACCAAGAAUUGUUGGGGAUUCACUUAAAUAUUGCACCUUUUAGGGUAACAUAGCCAUACUGAAAUUUAUAUCCAAGUCAGCUAUUCUGAGCUAAAAAUGUAUUGUCACGUGAAUUGCUGAAAUGCAGGGUUUAGCGAGUUAUCCUGUAAGUGAAGCAGAGACAAGUCCCUAAUGCACCCGUCACUUUAGACGUCUAUGCUGCCAAUCCUUUAAAAAUGAUAUUAAAGCAGAUUUUUAUAUAUAUUAUAAUUGCCAAACGAUAAGCUUGACUUCCAAAAUUUAACUUGGGUUUAAUAGCUGCAAACUACUUUGGAACAAAAGCAAUCUGUUUAAUUUCCUGUUGAAAUAUCAAUUUUAUUGUUUGUGGUGUAAUUUAAUCCGUGUCGAGGGACAGAAGAUUAGGAUUCCAUCCAAAUGCUGUCAUUUUGACUUUCUUGUUAUGUAAUUAGAGGGAAGACUCACUACUAUCCUGAUUAAAGGCAGUGGGCGACUACUCGUCCCAUGGCUAAAUUAACCAAACACAUGCACACUUACGUAAAAUAGCCAUCAACACUCAGAUUUGAGGUCAGAAUUUCCAGUGUCGUCUCUUCACCACCACACGUCUGAGACCGGGCAGUUGUUCUCAAUUAAUAUUUAAAUUUUGCUGGUUUAUUUGAAAUACGACCAUUGAAAUUAUUGCCUGUGUUGUCCUGUAAACAGGUUUAUUAAAUGAUACUAUCACACGCAUUGCAUAACAGGGAGUUAGACUCUGAAUCGCGUUUAGUAGAAAUAACAAUUAGUAAACAGUAUAGCUUUGGAUUCUGUAUCAUUGUAGAAUGACCCUUAGAAGGAUAUCAUGGAGUAAAUUAACUGCCGAAUGAAGUAACGGAACAUUCCGAACACCAUCACCACUGCAGCUCGCUGUAGCACUUAUCGAGCCCCAUGUUCACACCAUUUUAGAAUGCUUUGAGUUCUUUCCUGCUUCAGCCCGAUGAUGGGGAACUGGAGGUUCCUUUGCUUGAGCUUCUAUUAGCUCUCAUUGGUUUAUUCCUGACGCGUCAGCUGAUCACUCUCAGCCAAUGAGCUAAGCUCUGCACCUCCAGUCUCAGCUCAGACAAAGAUCUCCGUAGUGGAGUUGGGGAGUGGCAACCAGCGAACCCCAGAUAAGGAGUCAAAGCAUUCUAAAAUGGUUCUAAUUCGGAAGAGUCAGGCUCUUCUGGCACCAUAACCACCACAGCAAGCAGUAGUGGUUAUGGUGUGUUUCAAAAGUGUUUAUCUUUUUUGGGCUGAAAUAUCUGUGCCAAUCUUGGUUUCUAUGGAAAUCAAUUUUUAUCCAUAGAUCUCUGAAUUCAUUGAUAAUGUACCGUAAUGUAUGAAAAUUCAUGCAAAUGUAAAAUAAAGAGCCCAAUGUUAAUAAUUGCAGAGUUUGAAGAUCUGUAUGAUCUUGUGACUCCUAAAAUGAUGAGAAAACACUCAUUUUUUGGUGUAGCCAUGCCUUGCUGCUGUUCCUAGAGAGCUGCCGUUAUGGGGGCACAGAGGUUGCUGUCCCAGUAAAAGAGGCCUUCUAGACAGCUGGCUGAGAGACCAGAAACAGGGUCUCUCGGCUCUAUAUUAUAGAUCUACAGUGCACAAUUAUUAUUGGUAUUUAUAAAGUGCCAGCUUAGUCUGCAACGCUUUACAUUAAAAGGGGACAAUAACGAAUUGUUACAGGAACAAUAGAUAGAUGAGGACCCUGCUCAAACGAGCUCCCAGUGUCGAGAUCACUGAAACACACGGGGUGCACAUUGUUCCUCGUGGUGAGUUAUGAUUAAGUACCCACGGAGUAUGGAAAGUAGUGUGUUUGGGUUAUUUGCCUCAUUAUACACUGGACCACGGAGACAUAACAUUAAAUAAAUAUAUUUCGGUGGACAGGAUUUACCGACAGAGUCCAGUUAAAUUAAUUCCACCCCAGUGAUAACAAUGUGAUCGCUAUUUAAGAACAGCAACCUCCACAAUCCUCAGGCAGUCAGUGUGCAAUCAGCUGAACCCUUUCGGGGAUCAUGGGACUUUUUGUACCUUUAAAUUAUGUCUAUCUCUGGACUAUACUUUAUAGUUUAAAGUUCUGGAAUAUUAAAUCUUUGGUAUUUUUAUGUUUUCAUCUACAGGAAAUGCUUAUUUUAAUUUAAUGUAAUGGCUGUGCCUUCAAUUGUUGGCAUUGUGCGUUUUUUAUUUUCCCAAGCAGAAGCAUUCAGUAAACACUGUAAUCCCCCUUAACCCAUCCCUUAUUACCUUUAAGCUGUGCAUUUUCAGCAUCAAAGUCCCUAAACUUCAGCUGAGCUGUAAUUCAGUUUCAAUAUUAACCAGUUAUAUUGUUAUUAGUUAGAAACUGUUGUAUCUCUGCUGAACUCCGCCUUGUGCUUUUAUGCGUCUGCCAAUUCUUUUUUCUCUUCCUACUUCAAGGACCAAGUCAAAGAAGAACAUUUUGGGAUCGUACACAUAAAAUAUUUUAAUUUACUUUAACCCCUUAAGGACACAUGGCAUGUGUGACAUGUCAUGAUUCCCUUUUAUUCCAGAAGUUUGGUCCUUAAGGGGUUAAAACUUAAUCUGCAAAGGGCCUCUCAUUCCCCCUGCCGCACAAUAUUUGUUAAAUGGAAGACGUGGUUGACUAUCGCAGUCCCAUAUUGUGUCCAACGCACCAGCCUAAAUUAAAUAAUGACACUCUGAUUUUUAAAUAAUAAAUGUUUAUAACAUGGCUUAGAACUGGUGAGGGAUUUAGGAGAGGGUUAAAGAUAGUAAUUAGCUAUUGAAAAAGCAGAGUGAUAUUGCAGAGCCCCUGUCCCCCCAUAUUGCACUCUGUGGUAUGAGAAGGUCCACAUGCAGCGGACAUAAACCUGCGAUGUAGUAAGUCCAUGAGACCCGAGUUUAACCCAACGCAGACCUUUCCGGAUUCCAUUGCAAUGCUGUGCUGUGACAGAGAGGAGUAUGAUUUAAUAUCUCAAACACAACAAAGGGACAAGCAGCUCUACCCCCCUUUCCAGCUAGAUUACCAGCAAAGACAUCCUCCUUUUUCUGCAAAUGGACAGUUUCUUGUGCAGCUCUAAUUGCGUUCCACAGCAUAUACAGGUUCAAUUCUUAUUUUACUAUUUCUAUUUAUGUUUCAUGACUCGUGGAGCAGUGCAUUUCUCGACAGAGUUUAAAGGCGAGACAGCACAAACCUUUUCAUCCAAAACUAAAUCGAUAAACGUCUUUUCUACAAAAGUCUUAAAAACCUACAAACCAAGAACCGACAUUAUUUUGUGCACCGAGGAGUAUUCCUACGUACCAGUUCAUUUAAUAAGUCAUCGUCAGUAAAGGACCAUUGUAAACAGAUUUGCUUUGAGUUAGAUUGUUCCAGAUCAAACAACGUUUCUAAUCAAUUAAUAAGAAAUCCUGUGCAUUCUUCAUUUCCCUGGAAAUUCCACGUUGUUGUGUUUAUAGGUGGUGCCCUCUUGGCUUGUGACUCAUUGCUCCUUGUAUUGGCAUGUGACCAGGCAGUGCACGAUAAUGGCUAGCUCAGAAUGGGCCGGGACGCAUGGGAGUGGCUGAGAGAGUUUGUUAUUUUAAUUAGACUGGUAUGGGUGACGCAAUAUGUGAAAGCAAUGGGUGAGAUCUCAUUAAAUAUAACAAAACAUCUUCCUCGUGUGCUGUACUUAGCUCAGUUCAGGUUUAACAAGUUAUACAUACUCCGAAUUCUAGGCUGGAGAGAAUCCAGUGUAAUAACUUGUGUCACCUCAGAUUAUCAACCUUGCAGGGGAACCACAGACAUUAUCACUGCAGGGACAUAGAUUCAUGUUUUCAAAUGGUCAAACGGCUUUAACGUAUUACUCUGUCCCUUUCGCUAAUUAGAAAUCAUGAAUUAAACAAAGCUUUGCUGAGAGACUGUGUAAAAAACACAGUAUUUCUGAAUAAUACAAACAUGUAAUAAUGGAUUGUCACCUUAUUAAACCUUAUCUUCAUAAUGUAUAAACAUACAGAGAACUGUAUUAAUGUUCCUGGCACAGAGAUACUCCCUUACAGGUAGAUAUACGAAAUCAAAAAGGACGAACGCCUGUCACAUGGAGUCAAUCCUCACCUGAAAACCAGCCAAACUAACGUACUGCUAGAAGAUGCAGAACAAAUAUACAGCAGGAUCGGCACUUCUGAGAAAUAUAAACGAGUGCAGGUUUCCGAGCUUCCUUUCCGCAAACACAAAGGAUACAUUAAUUAAUUAAUAUAAAAUUUAAUAUAAAACAGAGCCGCAACACUGAAAAUAUUAAUGAAGGAGUAUGAUUCCACCCGAGUGGACCUGGCAACGUUUCCACCAAAUUACAAGGUCUCUAUCAAGUCAUAUACAGAAGACCUUUGUAUUUCUGGUUGAUAAUAUAGCGGGGUUUCAAAGUGAGUGCUAUUUAUUGACGUUGUCUGGAGUUCCACGCACUGCGCAGCUGAGCAGCGUUUUUGCAGCCGUGCCGCCAUCCGUCAUGGCAGAGAUAACACUUACACAGAUUAAUUAAUAGAUCUAUGUAUAUAAAGCACAGGAUUGGUAGGUAACUGUCCAUCUCCCAGUACCCUGGGUGCAUUAUCUCUCCUACUCCAGCUGCUUUGACAUGUGACCAGCCUUGCGGAAUGAUUGCUUUAUGACAAUCGACACUAGAAGCAAGGUUGAUUAAUCCCUAUUGUUUUGCUUUUGCCCCUCUUCAAACCUAGUAUAUGUUAAAUAUAACAGCUCACACAAAAUAAAAUCCAGCUCUUGGGAAAAAUCAAUUUAAUGAGACAAUGAGUCCAGCUAACACACUCUACUACGAUGUGCCCCCCCCUGAUGGGCGCAGCAUUAAGUGGUUGUCCCUCACUCUGACGCUCUGCUAACGCAAUCAUUUCCUUUCAAUCUAUUUUUUUACUUCUAUUUAGAAACUUCUCCAGGAUACUCAGUGACAUCUUCAGUUUAAUGUCCCUGUUGUUAUAAAACUCUGGCAAGUUGUCCAUCUGUUUUCUCCUGAGCUUCCUGCACCAAGAGCCAUCACUUCACAAACUUCCGCUGCUUGUAGGAAGCCCGAGGUCGUGAGCUAUUGUCUUUCCAUGUCACUUGUUUGUGUUUGGUUAGAAUCAUGGAGUUUGGACGCACUUGGAAGUGGAAACCAAGAUGUUUAAAUAUCUCUUUCUUCCAAAAUGUAAACUACGAGGGUUGAAACAGAAAUGUACAUUCUGCUAAUAACUCGGCAUCUUCUAUUUCUUUAUUUUAGAAGAGAGUUUUGAAAAAAACAUUACUUUUUUUCUAACAAAACUGGAAAUUGAGGAAAACUCACUAGAAAACUGCAUGUUUUAGGUGAAAAUGGACAAACUAGGUAAUUGUUUUACAUUUCCUUGGUCAAUUGCUCUCAGGAAAACCACCCCAGACCCGCCAUGUUUGCUUUGACACGCUGGUCACUGCUUUGAGCUGUUGGAUAGUGCAUGAAAAGUGCUUCUACCGUCCUCCUAGCUGCUAUGUAACUAUAGCUGGGCAUAUCCAAAAAUGGGAGAAUGUGAUGUCAUCUGAUGACAGCAUUGAAGAUGGGUUAUGAUGUCACUGGAUGCUGCUAUUACUCGGAACGUGCAAUGCGUGUAUCACAUAAUCUGCCAUUUAAGUGGACAUUUGCUCACAUCAAUGCACAUGUAUUGUAAAUAAAAUACAUAUAUUCGAUGACUGAAAACUAGAUUUUCUUCUUUUAUAAGAUUGUUCAGUAGUGGGAGUGCAAUGUUGGUGUGAUUUUUGUAGAAUUAGGCAGUUUGUUUGAGCCAUCAUCCUAUUAUAACUUGUUUUUCCCCAAUUUUAUUGGUCUUUAAAAUAAUAUAAAGUCCCACGCCCAUGUAUCACCUGCAGUCGCUUUUAUUGCAGACACAACAUGGAUGAUAUCACGGCCUAUGGAAAAACUGACAGUUGGCACGCAAAUAGAGAGCAAAGAACAAAGAGGAUCUCAACUCAUCUGUGAGCAUGGACUUUGGAAACAUCUGGACAUUUAUAGUAAGGAAUGAAAACAUUCCACGACUCUGGACGAAAAAUGCAAUCUGACAAUGAACCUUCAGGCUGUUUGGCGUUCUUUCUGUGGAGUGCAGUGAAUCUCCCGGAUGCGUUUCACCUGUCAGGCGAUCACAGGAAGUCUGAUGGGUUACAGCUACUAGUCUUGGAAGGAGCAGGAACUGGCUGAGUCUUGUUGGACAUUAGAACAAUAUUUUGGGGUUGGCUGUCAUAGGGCUGCCGACAGGAAGAAGUAAAGCUGGUUUAUAAUAGAAUGUGUGCUUUAUAAAUGGAUAAGUGGAUGAAUGGGAAAGCAAUUGGUUGGUUUUGUUUUUACUCAUUGAUACGUCCGCUAUAUAUGAAUGUGACGGGUAUCCGCUAAAUGUAGCUCAGAAUAGAAUCGUUGUAUGUGGUAAUGAAACCUACACUCACUAUGUGACAACAACCUCCACGGUGUAACUAUAUCUGGCUGCAUCACUUAGUACUUAGCAGUGCUUGCUCACAAAAUAUGAAUUAUUGUAAACCAAAAAUGAUCCCAGAAAUGACCAGUGUUGUGCAUACCAUGACUAGUUUAGUCUUCUGUAUGGGUGAUAUCUGUUGUGUGAGUGAGAACUGGUCUUAUAUAUUGGACGACUAGUCUUUUGUAUGAGAGCCAAGUAUUGUGUAUGGGGGCCCAGUAUUGUGUAUGGGGGCCCAGUAUUGUAUAUGAGAGCCCAGUAUUGUGUCUGAGGGCCAGUAUUGUGUAUGAGAGCCCAGUAUUGUGUAUGAGAGCCCAGUAUUGUGUCUGAGGCCCAGUAUUGUGUAUGAGGGCCAGUAUUGUGUAUGAGAGCCCAGUAUUGUGUCUGAGGCCCAGUAUUGUGUAUGGGGGCCCAGUAUUGUGUAUGAGAGCCCAGUAUUGUGUCUGAGGGCCAGUAUUGUGUAUGAGUGCCCAGUAUUGUGUCUGAGGGCCAGUAUUGUAUGAGAGCCCAGUAUUGUGUAUGGGGGCCCAGUAUUGUAUACGAGAGCCCAGUAUUGUGUAUGAGCGCCCAGUAUUGUGUCUGAGGCCCAGUAUUGUGUAUGAGAGCCCAGUAUUGUGUCUGAGGGCCAGUAUUGUGUAUGAGAGCCCUGUAUUGUGUAUGAGGGCCAGUAUUGUGUAUGAGAGCCAAGUAUUGUGUCUGAGGGCCAGUAUUGUGUAUGAGAGCCCAGUAUUGUGUAUGAGCGCCCAGUAUUGUGUCUGAGGGCCAGUAUUGUAUGAGAGCCCAGUAUUGUGUAUGAGGGCCAGUAUUGUGUAUGGGGGCCCAGUAUUGUGUAUUAGAGCCCAGUAUUGUGUAUGAGGCCAGUAUUGUGUAUGAGAGCCCAGUAUUGUGUAUGAGAGCCAAGUUGUAGCGGAGUAGCAGGGGUUAAUCCAAUAGCUCUCCGCUGGGAACAAAGAUUCAGCAUACAAAAUCACAGGAACACAGCAUAAUCCACCUCCCCAAGGACUAGACGACACAUAGUCUGGGAGUCAACUGUCAGCUUUAUUCACAGGUCUGCUUUUAUGCAUUUCUCCCAUGCAAGGGAGGUAACUUUCAUAAUUACUACAGUACCCAAUCAUAUCGUGGUCACCUCCCAUCCCUCUCCUCCCCUUAGAUGAACAAUUAACCAGAUUAAUAUGUACACAGUUUUCCCCAAUUUGUGGAUGUUCCCUAAAUACAGGGGGUACAGGGUUAAAUAAGGUGUGCCCUGGUAGCCCUGAUCUAGGUGAGCAAAAUACUCAAAAUUCACCCAGAUCGGACCAGGGGUUCGGGAGUUACAGCCAGUGAAAGAUUUGACCGACCGCACGGGCUCAGUAGCCGAAAACAGUUCCAUGAAUUCUGGCCCUGCGGUCGGUCUGUUCUAGUGACUCAAAAGUCCCGAACGGCUGGGCAUCCAGGCUUCCUUUACCAUUCGAAUUAAUCCCCUCGUUUGUGCGAUUCCACAUACCGAAUGCUGAGGUGUUCGUGUGUUUGCUUCGUGAUUUUUGAACGUGCUGGAGGUCGUAGUGGUACUUGGUUAGUUGAAUGCCCGGUUUGAGUAGCAGGCAUUCGACGACCAAGUACCGCUGUUCGUACGUAAGAUGGCCGCCGCCACGUGUUCGGUAGACGAAAUGGCGGCCACACACACUCGCACUUAACACACUUCGCAACAUUGUAUCUUUGGUUAAUAGGAGACACACGACCACCCCUUGGUGGUCUCUCGUUCGGUAGUUUCAGGGCAUUCGCAUGAAUAACAGCAUGAAUGACAGUAUAGUCCGUUCGUGAAUUGAGUCUCUGCCUUUACACACAUUCGCUUAUAAUAACUCCAGUGUUCAUUCGCACAGAACAGUUAGUAUUUUAGUGGCAGGGUUUGCCACACAAGUAUUGUAUAUGUGGGCCCAGUAUUGUGUAUGAGAGCCCAGUAUUGUGUAUGAGAGUAAUUCAUCAUGUAUGAGAGCCCAGUAUUGUGUAUGAGAGCCCAGUAUUGUGUAUGGGGGCCCAAUAUUUUGUAUGGGGACCCAGUAUUGUGUAUGAGGGCUCAGUAAUGUUUGUAAUGGCCCACUAUCGAGUAUGAGAGCCCAGUAACAUGGAUGAGAGCCCAGUAUUGUGUAAGGGGGCCCAGUAUUGUGUAUAUGCACUAUAUAUAUAUAUAUAUAUAGUUAAUACAAUGCUAAACAAAAAUCUGCACACCAGUCAAGCCAUAAGACUUGCUUUUCCCACAGAAAUCCCAAAUCAGCAGUGAUGUUACAACCGCAAAGGAUUCUGGGUGGGCAUAUGCAAAUUAGUUUAACAAAGAAUCAUAUUUUUGCCUCAUUCCAUUUUAAACAUAGAUUCCUUUUAAUUUGUGUUUGCAGUAUACAACUGCUUGGAACACAAUUUAGUAUAAGAUGCAAAACCAGUGAACCACUCAUGGACAGCUGUUUCAUUGUUAAUGCAACUCUUCAGCAUGAGGUUGGUUACUGGUUUGCUUAGUGAGGCUUGGUAGUGCUUGGGAAGCAAAAUCCAAAUAGGUUAUGGUGGGGAAAAAAUUGUGAUUGAAAACCCCUUCCACCUGAAGUAUGUGGAUAGUUAAUACAAUGCUAAACAAAAAUCUGCACACCAGUCAAGCCAUAAGACUUGCUUUUCCCACAGAAAUCCCAAAUCAACAGUGAUGUUACAACCGCAAAGGAUUCUGGGUGGGCAUAUGCAAAUUAGCUUAACAAAGAAUCACAUUUUUGCCUCAUUCCAUUUUAAACAUGGAUUCCUUUUAAUUUGUGUUUGCAGUAUACAACUGCUUGGAACACAAUUUAGGAUAAGAUGCAAAACCAGUGAACCACUCAUGGACAGUUGUUUCGUUGUUAAUGCAACUCUUCAGCAUGAGGUUGGUUACUGGUUUGCUUAGUGAGGCUUGGUAGUGCUUGGGAAGCAAAAUCCAAAUAGGUUAUGGUGGGGAAAAAUUGUGAUUGAAAACCCCUUCCACCUGAUGAUUUCCACCUGAUUUUCACCUGACCCCUUCCACCUGGGAUUUCUGUGGGAAAAGCAAGUCUUAUGGCUUGACUGGUGUGCAGAUUUUUGUUUAGCAUUGUAUUAACUAUCCACAUACUUCAGGUGGAAGGGGUUUUCAAUCACAAUUUUUCCCCACCAUAACCUUUUUGGAUUUUGCUUCCCAAGCACUACCAAGCCUCAAUAAGCAAACCAGUAACCAACCUCAUGCGGAAGAGUUGCAUUAACAACGAAACAGCUGUCCAUGAGUGGUUCACUGGUUUUGCAUCUUAUCCUAAAUUGUGUUCCAAGCAGUUGUAUACUGCAAACGCAAAUUAAAAGGAAUCCAUGUUUAAAAUGGAAUGAGGCAAAAAUGUGAUUCUUUGUUAAACUAAUUUGCAUAUGCCCACCCAGAAUCCUUUGCGGUUGUAACAUCACUGCUGAUUUGGGAUUUCUGUGGGAAAAGCAAGUCUUAUGGCUUGACUGGUGUGCAGAUUUUUGUUUAGCAUUGUAUUAACUAUCCACAUACUUCAGGUGGAAGGGGUUUUCAAUCACAAUUUUUCCCCACCAUAACCUAUUUGUAUAUAUAUAUAUAUAUAUAUAUAUAUAUAUAUAACUAUUUGCGCUGUAUAUUUUUUUGUACUGUGCAGGUGUAUAUAUACCUAUUUGCUCAGUAUAUGCACUCAACAGGUGUAUAUAUAUACACCUAUUUGCUCAGUAUAGGCACUGUACAGGUGUAUAUAUACCUAUUUGCUCAGUAUAAGCACUGAACAGGUGUAUAUAUAACUAUUUGCUCAGUAUAGGCACUGUACAGGUGUAUAUGUACCUAUUUGCCCAGUAUAGGCACUGUACAGGUGUAUAUAUACCUAUUUGCCCAGUAUAGGCACUGUACAGGUGUAUAUAUACCUAUUUGCUCAGUAUAGGCACUGUUCAGGUGUAUAUAUACCUAUUUGCCCAGUAUAGGCACUCUACAGGUGUAUAUAUACCUAUUUGCUCAGUAUAAGCACUGUACAGGUGUAUAUAUACCUAUUUGUUCAGUAUAAGCACUGUACAGGUGUAUAUAUACCUAUUUGCUCAGUAUAAGCACUGUACAGGUGUAUAUAUACCUAUUUGCCCAGUAUAGGCACUGUACAGGUGUAUAUAAAUAUACCUAUUUGCUCAGUAUAAGCACUGUACAGGUGUAUAUAUACCUAUUUGUUCAGUAUAAGCACUGUACAGGUGUAUAUAGACCUAUUUGCUCAGUAUAGGCACUGUACAGGUGUAUACAUACCUAUUUGCUCAGUAUAUGCACUGUACAGGUGUAUAUAUACCUAUUUGCCCAGUAUAGGCACUGUACAGGUGUAUAUAUACCUAUUUGCUCAGUAUAGGCACUAUACAGGUGUAUAUAUACCUAUUUGCUCAGUAUACACCUGUAUAGGUGUAUAUAUACCUAUUUGCCCAGUAUAGGCACUCUACAGGUGUAUAUAUACCUAUUUGCUCAGUAUAAGCACUGUACAGGUGUAUAUAUACCUAUUUGUUCAGUAUAAGCACUGUACAGGUGUAUAUAUACCUAUUUGCUCAGUAUAAGCACUGUACAGGUGUAUAUAUACCUAUUUGCCCAGUAUAGGCACUGUACAGGUGUAUAUAAAUAUACCUAUUUGCUCAGUAUAAGCACUGUACAGGUGUAUAUAUACCUAUUUGUUCAGUAUAAGCACUGUACAGGUGUAUAUAUACCUAUUUGCUCAGUAUAGUCACUGUACAGGUGUAUACAUACCUAUUUGCUCCGUAUAUGCACUGUACAGGUGUAUAUAUAUAUACCUAUUUGUUCAGUAUAAGCACUGUACAGGUGUAUAUAUACCUAUUUGCUCAGUAUAGGCACUGUACAGGUGUAUAUAUACCUAUUUGCUCAGUAUAGGCACUGUACAGGUGUAUAUAAAUAUAUCUAUUUGCUCAGUAUAUGCACUGUACAGGUGUAUAUAUACCUAUUUGCUCAGUAUAGGCACUGUACAGGUGUAUAUAUACCUAUUUUUUCAGUAUAAUCACUGUACAGGUGUAUAUAUACCUAUUUGCUCAGUAUAUGCACUGUAUAGGUGUAUAUAUGCCUAUUUGUUCAGUAUAAGCACUGUACAGGUGUAUAUAGACCUAUUUGCUCAGUAUAGGCACUGUACAGGUGUAUAUAUACCUAUGUGUUCAGUAUAAGCACUGUACAGGUGUAUAUAUACCUAUUUGCUCAGUAUAUGCACUGUACAGGUGUAUAUAUACCUAUUUGCUCAGUAUAGGCACUGUACAGGUGUAUAUACCUAUUUGCUCAGUAUAUGCACUGUACAGGUGUAUAUAUACCUAUUUGCUCAGUAUAAGCACUGCACAGGUGUAUAUACCUAUUUGCCCAGUAUAUGCACUGUACAGGUGUAUAUAUACCUAUUUGCUCAGUAUAGGCACUGCACAGGUGUAUAUAUACCUAUUUGCCCAGUAUAGGCACUGUACAGGUGUAUAUAUACCUAUUUGCUCAGUAUAGGCACUGUACAGGUGUAUAUACCUAUUUGCUCAGUAUAUGCACUGUACAGGUGUAUAUAUACCUAUUUGCUCAGUAUAAGCACUGCACAGGUGUAUAUAUACAUAUUUGCUCAGUAUAGGCACUGCACAGGUGUAUAUAUACCUAUUUGCUCAGUAUAGGCACUGUACAGGUGUAUAUACCUAUUUGCUCAGUAUAUGCACUGUACAGGUGUAUAUAUACCUAUUUGCUCAGUAUAAGCACUGCACAGGUGUAUAUACCUAUUUGCCCAGUAUAUGCACUGCACAGGUGUAUAUACCUAUUUGCCCAGUAUAUGCACUGCACAGGUGUAUAUAUACCUAUUUGCCCAGUAUAGGCACUGUACAGGUGUAUAUAUACCUAUUUGCUCAGUAUAGGCACUGUACAGGUGUAUAUACCUAUUUGCUCAGUAUAUGCACUGUACAGGUGUAUAUAUACCUAUUUGCUCAGUAUAAGCACUGCACAGGUGUAUAUAUACAUAUUUGCUCAGUAUAGGCACUGCACAGGUGUAUAUAUACCUAUUUGCCAAGUAUAGGCACUGCACAGGUGUAUAUAUACCUAUUUGCUCAGCAUAAGCUCUGUACAGGUGUAUAUAUACCUAUUUGUUCAGUAUAUGCACUGUACAGGUGUAUAUAUACCUAUUUGUUCAGUAUAAGCACUGUACAGGUGUAUAUAUACCUAUUUGCUCAGUAUAUGCACUUUACAGGUGUAUAUAUACCUAUUUGCUCAGUAUAUGCACUGUACAGGUGUAUAUAAAUAUACCUAUUUGCUCAGUAUAUGCACUGUACAGGUGUAUAUAUACCUAUUUGCUCAGUAUAUGCACUGUACAGGUGUAUAUAUACCUAUUUGCUCAGUAUAGGCACUGUACAGGUGUAUAUAAAUAUACCUAUUUGCUCAGUAUAAGCACUGUACAGGUGUAUAUAUACCUAUUUGCUCAGUAUAGGCACUGUACAGGUGUUUAUAUACCUAUUUGUUCAGUAUAAGCACUGUACAGGUGUAUAUAUACCUAUUUGCUCAGUAUAGGCACUGUACAGGUGUAUAUAUACCUAUUUACUCAGUAUAGGCACUGUACAGGUGUAUAUAUACCUAUUUGCUCAGUAUAGGCACUGUACAGGUGUAUAUAAAUAUACCUAUUUGCUCAGUAUAAGCACUGUACAUGUGUAUAUAUACCUAUUUGCUCAGUAUAUGCACUGUACAGGUGUAUAUAUACCUAUUUGCUCAGUAUAGGCACUGUACAGGUGUAUAUAUACCUAUUUGCUCAGUAUAAGCACUGUACAGGUGUAUAUAUACCUAUUUGCUCAGUAUAUGCACUGUACAGGUGUAUAUAUACCUUUUUGCUCAGUAUAGGCACUGUACAGGUGUAUAUAAAUAUACCUAUUUGCUCAGUAUAGGCACUGUACAGGUGUAUAUAUACAUAUUUGCUCAGUAUAAGCACUGCACAGGUGUAUAUACCUAUUUGCCCAGUAUAUGCACUGCACAGGUGUAUAUACCUAUUUGCCCAGUAUAUGCACUGCACAGGUGUAUAUAUACCUAUUUGCCCAGUAUAGGCACUGUACAGGUGUAUAUAUACCUAUUUGCUCAGUAUAGGCACUGUACAGGUGUAUAUACCUAUUUGCUCAGUAUAUGCACUGUACAGGUGUAUAUAUACCUAUUUGCUCAGUAUAAGCACUGCACAGGUGUAUAUAUACAUAUUUGCUCAGUAUAGGCACUGCACAGGUGUAUAUAUACCUAUUUGCCAAGUAUAGGCACUGCACAGGUGUAUAUAUACCUAUUUGCUCAGCAUAAGCUCUGUACAGGUGUAUAUAUACCUAUUUGUUCAGUAUAUGCACUGUACAGGUGUAUAUAUACCUAUUUGUUCAGUAUAAGCACUGUACAGGUGUAUAUAUACCUAUUUGCUCAGUAUAUGCACUUUACAGGUGUAUAUAAAUAUACCUAUUUGCUCAGUAUAUGCACUGUACAGGUGUAUAUAUACCUAUUUGCUCAGUAUAUGCACUGUACAGGUGUAUAUAUACCUAUUUGCUCAGUAUAGGCACUGUACAGGUGUAUAUAAAUAUACCUAUUUGCUCAGUAUAAGCACUGUACAGGUGUAUAUAUACCUAUUUGCUCAGUAUAGGCACUGUACAGGUGUAUAUAUACCUAUUUGUUCAGUAUAAGCACUGUACAGGUGUAUAUAUACCUAUUUGCUCAGUAUAGGCACUGUACAGGUGUAUAUAUACCUAUUUGCUCAGUAUAGGCACUGUACAGGUGUAUAUAUACCUAUUUGCUCAGUAUAGGCACUGUACAGGUGUAUAUAUACCUAUUUGCUCAGUAUAAGCACUGUACAGGUGUAUAUAUACCUAUUUGCUCAGUAUAGGCACUGUACAGGUGUAUAUAUACCUAUUUGCUCAGUAUAGGCACUGUACAGGUGUAUAUAUACCUAUUUGCUCAGUAUAAGCACUGUACAGGUGUAUAUAUACCUAUUUGCUCAGUAUAGGCACUGUACAGGUGUAUAUAUACCUAUUUGCUCAGUAUAGGCACUGUACAGGUGUAUAUAUACCUAUUUGCUCAGUAUAGGCACUGUACAGGUGUAUAUAUACCUAUUUGCUCAGUAUAUGCACUGUACAGGUGUAUAAAUACCUAUCUGCAGAUAUUAAACCUGUUUCUGACUACCUGGGAACGCAGCCAAGUAUAUAAAAGCUUUAGAUAAAGCUGCUGCCUGGUUCAUUGUAUUCAGAGGGAAUUGUUUUAGUUAGAGCAAUGAUUUGCACACUCACACUGACCGCAGUGACACUUUACUGCAGACGUAGCAUUUACUCUCCUUACCUGAGCCACACCUGACAGUAAUUCCCAGCUUGUUUAUUGUGACAUUAUUACAGAACUGAGACAGCUGAGCACACUAUCAGACAGCCACAGCCGGCGAGGGGAACAGAGAUACACUUUAACCUGAAUUUUAUCUAAACAAAUCUUCCUCAGGUGAGACACACUCACAGCGUCUGUGCUGUUCGUUUCUGUAUUUUUGUGUUGAAUUCUGAGAAGGGAAUAAGCCUCAGGGAAUUUAAACAUUUAUAGACUGUCCUUUCAAGUCAGUGCCUCCUAGGAGAGGCCCUGUUAGUCCUUUUUAUUACGUACAGUAUAAAUAGUUAUUGAGCUAAGCUCAUAGAAUGCUCUACAGCUGACGGUAUAUAUCCCAAAGUGCCGUAUCUACCUGUCCACAACACCUGAUACUCGGCUGUUGGGACGAGGGGGUGCGAUCACAGGAUUGCUGUAUAAAUAGCUAUUGUACUGCAAAGUUUCAAACACGGAGCAGUUGCCAUAGAGAUCCCUCUAAUUGCUCCACUUUUACAGCGCUGCCAGAGAGGUGCAUUCCCCUAUAGUUCAUGUUUUGAUACGGCAAAAGAUCAAUAAGUUCGUGGCGGUCAAUAAUCACAGAAUUGGAAGCAGUUGUCUUCCUGUUAUCCCUUUCCUGCAGGACAUCGAGAUUUAGUAAUGGAUGCCCGUUAUAAAAACUCCUUCAAUUUACAUGUUUCAAACAAUAAUCACAUCAAUAAAUAAUGUUCAAGGAUGUAAUCAAAACUGAUAAUUACAGGAUGAACUGGUCAUCUGACAAAACAGAAGUAAUAAAAACAUUGAUGUUGAUACAAAACAUGAUGUUAAUAAAGAAGUAAAGCUGAGCUGGGGGUGCAGUGAUUGGCGCAGUUUUCUUGCUGUAAGUGAGAUGGUUAUGGUUAUUGGUACGUUGUUACUCAUUUAUCAUGUAAGUUGUUUGUGAAAUAGAAACAAUCACUGCAUUAAUCUACAAACAGCAUGGAGGUGGAUUCGUGAUAUAAUCGGAGUCACUGGUGACGGCACCCUUUGUGCAUCCAGCAGUUUGAUUGGCUUCGCGUCAUGGCGGGUGACAAGGGUAGAAUUAUUCCACAAGCGCACAUAAACCCCCGCUUUCACGCCGAGACUGCAUGACAAGGCAAAUAUUAUUUAAUAUUAGAACAAGCUUGUGCGUUCUGUGUGUUUUUGUUCUGUUGAAGGAUUUUAAAAGACAGUUGUUUGGCGGGUGCAAUUAUUCUUGAUUUUGGGAAUUUGUUGGAAAAAUUCAACCUUAUAUUUUUGACUGCAUUAUAUAGAUUAUGCAUUAUUAAUAUUGCCCUCUACCCCUAACUUAAAUAAAUUAAAAUUAAAAAUGACAUUUAGGCUCCUCGCUCACCAGGAAGACAUGGUACACUCCGGAACAGCAGGGGAUUAUGGGAUACAUAGUUUAUCACCAUAGAACACGUUUUACACAUUGUUGCUGCUAUAACCAGAUCUCAUGAGGCUCAAAGUACCAAGAUCUUUGCUACAACUAAAAGUGCUUAUGGUGCUUAGAGCAAGCCUUUCAUUAGUGAAAGUAGUAAUUAGUGAAAGUAGUAAUUAGUGAAACCAGUAGUUCUUUGUAUCAGCGGUUUCACAGUGUUUAUAACUGGAUAACGUUUUAUACCUGGCAGGAUCAGACACUGUUGUGAGUCGUACAGUCCGAAGCAGUAGCCCGUUCACUGACCAAAAACGAUCUCUAACGAUAUGCAGUGCGUUUACCACUUAAUUAAACACAUUGAAUAUUUUCACUAGUCAGUUUGCAUUAUCAUAAAAUAAUGAAUGAAGCAGUAUUUUACCCUGUACUUUAUACUUGACAUAAAAACUCCAAGAGAGUCGUGAUAAUAAGCUCUCAUUGUCUCAUUGUUAUUUUUUCAAUUAAUACUUAUUGUUGAAUUCGUUCUGAACUUGGCGAGGCUCCGUAAGGAAUGGGUUAAUUAGAAGCCCGCUGUGUAGAACCGUAAUGUGUUAAUCCUUUGGAAUCUCAGAGUAGAUUUUAAAAAAAAGAAGAAAAAACCUAAAUAUUCAGCUAAACUAUUUUCUUCUGUUACUUAUUACCGCGUCAACCUUCAGCACGCUGUCCGGACUUUUUAUGGCGCCUGCUUUCACUUAAAAGAAUUAAAUGUCACUGUGUUUGUUGUUUUGAGAUAUUUUAGUGCAAAUUGCUGCCUGGUCGCAUGACUUUCAAGUUUGUGUAAGUGUCUGCCGCUCUCUGCUAUUUACGUCUGAGCCCUUAAUGUUUAAAUUGAAAUUCUUCUAUUCUGCUAUUUGCAUCUUCAGCUCUUUAUUUGAGGUUUUCAAUUCCCGGUCCGGCGAUUCGUGUUCUCCCUCCCUAUUAUCCAUAUAUCUGUCUUCUUUUCUGUUCCCAAUGUGAAGUUCUUCUUCUCGGAGUAAGAUCCAGCUUUGUAACUUUAUUGAACCCACAUUUUCAGAUGCAUUUUAGGAAACAACUUAUCAUGACGUUUAAUGAAUUACCUUUUUUUUUUUUAUAUUGAACACACUCUAUGCAGGCUCUGUUAAUUAUGAAAAAAUACUUUAUGGAUGCCAAGAUAUUAAUGUUUCAAGUUUUUUUUAUUUAUUUAUAAAUAGCGCUAUAAUUAAAUUAACAUAUUAAUACAAAAAAUCUCAAAAUAUAGCAUUAACAAUUCUCACCAUUUUUACUGUCGGGAAAUGAUGGGAUUCCGAUAAGUAAUGACUUACGGUAUAUAUCAGCUGUAAUCUAGACAAGCGAUACUUUUACGAAGCCCAUAAUGUGUCUGGAGCAGUUAGUGGAGAUUCGAGCUAGACUUUUGGUAUCAAGGCUCCUUACAUUGCCGCAUCUAGUGAUGGAUUAUUUCCAAGAGCACGCAGUUCUGAAUAAAUCCAAAUAGCUAUUACAAUGGCAAACAUAACAAAUGGCAGCUUUUUUCUGUUGGUUGUGGACUGAGCCCCAUCAGGUGUUCCCACACCUUGCACCCGGAACCCUUUUUGUUCUGUUUUCCGCUACGAUGCUAAAUUUGGUCCAAGUCUCGGUGAGCUGUGCAGCUGCAAAUUCUGACAUUUAUAAGGAUAAAACGUUCUCUCCAACCUGCCGUUCUUCUCCUCUAUGUUGUUUAACACAAUAUUUUUCACAAUGAAAAUCCAAAUAUUUUUACUGUUAAGACAGUGAUGAACCGGCAUCUUCAAUGGCAAAUGAUUUCUGUGAAUCUUUUCACAUGUUUAGUUUACCAAAUAAAUCACAUGAGAAUAUAUUGAAGUACAUUUUCUGCCUCCAGUCACAGACAGCGGAGACAACCAGUAGCUCUAGAUUUAACUAGCUUUAUGUUCCCAUUGUUUGUGGCUGUUUCUAAGUUUUAUUUUGUUUACUUCUAUUUAAUUAAGAACUGAUGUUUAAAUCGCUAAACAAAAAAACAACAAAUUCCGUAUUCGAUUCAAAAUGCUUUUCAAAUGUCUCUUUACCACUUUUUCCCAUUUAGCGUGGAGUAAACAGAGACACCGCGAUUAGUAAUUGGUAGGCAGCAUUUUUUCAAGCAGUUGAGUCUCUCACAUUCGAAUGCGUUUUCCAAUUUUGUUCGUCAGCGGUUCAUACAAAUUCCGGGACCCCAAAUCGCUGUAUGACCAAAUCACGAAACAAAUGUUACAGACAAUGAACGAACUGUCUGUGGCGGCAAAAAGAGAGGAUUGCUGGGGAAAAGAGCAUGAUUUUAUUCACAGAUCAAGUGAGAAGUGACCAACAGAAGGGAAAAAGGAAGCAGUGAAAAAAAAAUCUAAAAUCUAUAUUUACAUAUAAUAUAUAAAAAUAAAACAUAUAACUAUAGAAUUUUGUUUUUUUACUGCUCGGCAUUAUUUUCCCCUCUAUUGAUUACUGCAUAUUGGUAAAUGCCCCUCUCAGGGCUCUGUAAAGUAUAUAUAUAAUAUUUAUAUUUUGCAGCACACUGAUUGGCCAAUCUUUGUGCCAUUUUCUUUUGUCUGAAUCGCUUCUCCAAAAACGAUUGCGUAGCCAAAAUUACUCCGAAGCGCCAUAUGAACACAUUUCGGAGCACCAAAACUCAUUUUAUCUUUUCGGACUAAUCAAGUUUUUCUUAGUGCACAAUUCUAUUUAAUAAUUGCAGAGAAAAAAAAUCAUUAAACAACCAAUUAAGAAAUGAUUCAUCAAUACAUAUUCGGAAAACAGGCCGAGUAAUAUAAAAUAAUAAUUAACAGCGUAAUAAACAAUGGUAGACUUUCACAAGCAAACUAAGAGAUUUUGUGCAUUUUCAAACACUGCAAUAUGUGCGAAUGAGAAGUUAUCAUUAAAAUUUGAAGGAAUAUCUUCCAAAGAAAAACAGAAAAACUAAGAAAACAAACACAAUUAAAAAAAAUGAAAUAAUCCCAGUCCUAGCCCCGUUCAUUGUAGGAGAUAAAGAUUGCCAAAAGCCAGAUCCCAUGGCAGAUACCUGGUGCGUUCCGCUGACUGCCAGGAAAGGGAACGUGAAGCUGGAUGACUUUGUCACUAAUCAUUCUUUUCAUUAGUUCCCGUAAUAGGAGUUAACUAAAAUGAUUGUACUUACCUAUAAUUGGGAGCUAACUGUAUUUCACCAAGGACUCUAGAUACAGCUGCUAAUUACCAUGGUAUAGGGGGUGCUCCACUUCUGGGUUGGAUGGUGUUUCAUUUAGUUUCUUUGCAUAAUCUCUGUCUUUGUGCUUGGGUUUGUCCCAUUCUUGUCUUCAUACAGAGGAAGCCGAGGUCUCUUGAUCCAAAACAUCCAACGUCCCUAAGUGUGCUUAUGAGCAGAUUAAUAAACGUUGGGUCCUCCCUUUGAUCUAUCAGGGUUCAUAAUAAGUCGGAGUACCUAACAAUACUAUUUUAUUGGCCUGCAGUCCUCUAUUUUAUAUGCGUAAUUUCCAGCCCUCACUGUAGAUCUCCCACAAAUCACUUAAAGAAUUACUCCAAGCAUCAUUAAAACACUUCAGUGAUUUGAAGUGGUGAUGGUGCCUGAAGUAUUUAUGUGCAGUGUUUGGCUAUAAAAUGCCGCACAUACAGAGUUUAACACCUUGGUUGUCAGAGGUUGGCUGGUGUCAAUUCUGUGCAAUUCAUUGUCUGAGAGUGGUCAGCCUGUGCUCUUAGCCAAAGAAUAACAACUGGGUUGGCUUCCCCAGCUCUGCAGAAGCCGAUAAUGUGUCCCCCAGCACCCGGCUGGGAACCAGGUAACAGUUUGCCCCAUUACCAGCAAUGGUUAUGAUGCUUGGAGUAACCCUUUAAAGACAAUAUUUAUCAUACACAAAGUUUUUCCCUGUUUUUUUGGGUUGAAUCAGGGUCCCCAGCUAUGUCCCCCCACCUCUGAUUGUAGAGAACGUCUAUGUGUUGAUCAGCCUUCUCCUCCAUUUGCCCAGGUGAGAAGCUUGCAGUGAUUAUAUCAAUUUACAAUUAACUCACAUGUUGGCUGGAGAAACUAUUUAAUUACUUAUUUUUCAAUCGCUUGAUGCUUUUGCUUAUUAAAUUCAGUUAAAAUCAAUUUAAGAGAGAAACUUUGCUUCUUGGUGUAACUGAAUGAAAUGCUGUUAUGUUUUUAUUUCAGUAUUUUUUUUAAUCUAUUUUUGUUUGUGCAGGUGUUCUCUUCUUUGGGGAAAUUAAUUUGGAAUCCUAGUUGGAGUUCUUGGUAGAUGUCAAGAUGUUCCAGAGUGGAGAUACCUUGAGAUUAGUCAACGUGAAGGAGAACAGCUGGUAUUAUUACAGCACAGUGAACAGGAAAAGCUUCCAGAGACGUUUCAUGCAGAAAGAUGGAAGCUGCAAUGUUUAUUUCAGAAACAUACUAAGCGAAUGGGAAAGUUACGUAACUGACAUCUUCACCACGUUGGUGGAUAUGAAGUGGCGAAGUAUGUUUAUCAUAUUCUCCUUAUCGUAUGUUCUGUCAUGGCUGCUUUUUGGAUUUAUAUUUUGGAUCAUUGCUCUUCAGCACGGAGAUUUAAGUAACCCUGACAUCACACCGUGUGUCGAUAAUGUGCGCACAUUUGCAGGAGCAUUCCUUUUCUCUCUGGAGACCCAGACAACUAUUGGGUAUGGUAACCGUUGUGUGACAGAGGAAUGUUAUUUAGCAAUUAUUCUGGUGAAUUUCCAAUCAGUCCUAAGCUGCAUUAUCGAUACGUUCAUUAUUGGAGCAGCAAUGGCAAAAAUGGCAACUGCCCGAAAAAGAGCUCAGACCAUCAGGUUCAGCUACUUUGCUGUUGUUGGCGUGAGGGAUGGUAAAUUGUGCCUUAUGUGGCGCAUUGGUGACUUUCGGCCUAACCAUGUAGUGGAAGGAAACGUAAGGGCACAGCUCUUACGUUAUAAUGAAGAUCAUGACAAAGGCAUCACCAUGGAUUACAAGGACCUCACGUUGGUCAAUGACCAGAUAAUACUUGUCACCCCAGUCACUGUUGUUCAUGUUAUUGACCAAGAUAGUCCUUUGUAUGCUCUAGAUCGCAAAGCUCUGGCAGCAGACAGAUUUGAGAUUUUGGUCACAUUUAUUUACACCGGUGACUCCACUGGAACAUCCCAUCAGUCGCGAACAUCGUAUUUGCCACAUGAAAUCCUCUGGGGUUUCAGAUUUAACAAUAUCUUGCUGACCAAGAAAAAAUACUAUAAAGUUGAUUAUGAGCAGUUUGAGGAAAUGACAGAGUACUACGCGCCUUUUUGCAGUGCAAAGCAACUGGACAUCAAUGCUCAGCCAGGUAGCGCCCCUAUAAGUCCAAGACCAAAAUUCAUAUUUGAGGUUGCAUCUGUAAACUCCAUGUCCAAUGACUUGCCCAAUGUUGCAUCUACAAGCUCAAUGCCCAAUGUAUUAUCCAACGACCCCUUUUCCAGCUCAGUGCAUGAUGGAUUCAAGAGCGUUGCAUCUACAAACUCAAUGCCAAAUGGUUUCACCAACAUCAAAUCUCUGACCUCUGUGCCAAUGCAUGAAUCCAGUGAAGUAUCUUCAGGUUUAACACCCAAUGGACUCACUCAAGUUGAAUCUACAAGCUCCAUGCCCAUCGAAUUAGCCAACAUAUCACCGAGUAUAACCACUGUCUCAUCAAUCGCUACAGUGGGCAGCAGCAAUGAAGAUCGUGAAGAAUGCUCAGUCCUAUUCUUCAAAGACAGUGAAGACAAUCCUUACAGAAAAGUUAUAGUGACUCUGAGCAAAAUGUCAUUAGAGUCGUAGAAUUAAAGUAAUGUAGACAAUGCCUUUAGGGUUUAGUUCUACACAGACCACGAGUAUAGUAUUAGUGCGAAAAUAAAAUGUUUAACCAGGACAUAUUUAAAGCCACUUUUAUUAUUCUCCCAUUAAAUCGGGUUUUGAAGAUGUUGAUCCCACCGACUUGCUUGACGAUGCACAUAGAACAAACACUAUAGAUUUAAAUGCACAAUGGGAGUGGGGCUGAAACAAUGACAUUAGUGCUACGUCUGCAAUUGUUUUAAAUGUUGCUUGUUUUGUUUUGCAUCACUGGACAUGGUUUAUUCUGUUUUCCCAGCAAAGUGGACACACAUUGGAAAAAGCAGAAACAAGAUUUAUACAUAAAUGUGAAAUACGGACACCUGAUGGAUCACGGAAGGCAGGAAACCAGUCAAUGAGCGAGUUUCUCAUAAUUAUUUGUUUUAGUGCCAGAUCAUAAUAUCUAUUCCUUGUUUGAUACAGUCUGGAGAAAAGAUCUGAUGUGUUCUAAGUUAAAUUUUCUCAUAUAUUGUCCCGGGACUGGAAAAUGAGAGUGGAAAGGCCAUUUUCAUCUUCUUUGUUACCAUUAUGACACUCAAUCCAAUAACCUUUUAAUAUAUUGUAAGAUAAAUAUCGAGAACAUAUUGCACAUCUUAGUUAACCUCGUUGUUUUGGAUCACAAUUCGUCUAUCAUUGGACCUUAAUCAAGAAAGGUCAUAAAUGUGUCCAUAUUUUAUGUGAAAAAACUGAUUUAAUCAUAUCAUAAUAGUAAUUUAUUUUAAAGACAGAUUAAAAACAUGUAGUACUAUAUGAUUGUUUGUGGCAAAUUAAGUGAUUUAAAGGAAUACUACAGUGACAGAAACACAAACAUGUAUUCCUGUCACUAUAGCUGUAAAAAGUGAUGGUUAGGCCCCCAGCCCCUCUGUCAGCUAAGUGAAAGUUUACGCUCCUUUUUUCCUGCAGCACACAGAGCAUCACGGCUGCCCCCGAUCCGCCUCCUUGGCUAAGAACAUCAAAAUUGACUAUCUCAGCCAAUCCAAUGACUUCCCGUAGGACACACUGGAAGGCUGUUGUGCAUGCGCGCCAAAAUACCACGCUGCGCCAAUCAGCAUCUCCUCAAAGAGAUAUAUUAAAUCAAUGUAUCUCUAUGAGGAACAUUCAGUGUCCCCAUGCAAAGCGUGAAGACGCUGCACACCGUGCACUGACCCAGGAAGUACCUCUGGUGGCUAUGAGUGACUGCACCUAGAGGUGUUAGUAGGGAGCAAUGCAAAUGCUGCCUUUACUCUGAAAAACAGUGCUUACAUUAAAAAACCUGCAGGGACAGGCUAUAGACACCAGAACCCCUACAUUAUGCUGUAUACUGUACAUCAAGCUGUAUACUAUAUAUUAAGCUGUAUACUAUAUAUUAAGCUGUAUACAGAAGAUUAACCUGUAUACCGUACAUUAAGCUGUAUACUAUAUAUUAAACUGUAUACAGAACAUUAAGCUGUAUAUCGUACAUUACGCUGUAUACUAUAUAUUAAGCUGUAUACAGAACCUUAACCUGUAUACUGUACAUUAAGCUGUAUACCGUACAUUAAGCUGUAGCUGUACACAGAGCAUUAAGCUGUAUAUUGUACAUUAGGCUGUAGUUGUUUUGGUGACAAUUGUGUCCCUUUAAAAGAACACUAUAUAGUUAGUAACUCUAUAUAACACUAUAGUAUCCCUGCUUCUAUUAAUGUCCCCCCCCCCCCAUCGGGUACGUUAUAAAGUAAAACAAUUUCAGAACUGACUUACCUUUAUCCAGUGCGAGGCUCCCUUGGCGCUGUGUACCUCUCUGCCUCUGGCCAGUCAUGGAGCAAGCAUGGCCUCCUCCAAAUAUGUCCAAUUCAAUGAUCCUCACAGAAGAGCAUUUGGGGGAUUUAAAGCACAUGCGCGGUGAGUGCUGUACAUUGAAACUUCCCCAUAGGAAAGAAUUGAAUAAUGCUCCCCUGUGGGUCUACAGUGUCAUGUGAGUUUUACUCGGUCAGUGCUGCGGACGUGCCUCUCGUGGCUGACGUUGUGACAGCCACUAAAGGUGGACUUAACCCUGCAAUGUCAACAAUGCAGUUUCUCAAAACAUCAGUUUUACAUUGCAGGGACAGUGCAUUGAGAUGAUCUGGGUGACUACAGUGUCCUCUAAUGUCCGAGACUUGAAGGAGACUAUGUACAGGAUACUAAAAAACGCUACUGCUUGUUUGCAGAGCUGGCCAGCACCCCGUAUUGCAAUACAAGAUUUAAAUUCUCGCCGAUGUGUUGUGAGUCACUCGAUACUUUGUAUAAUCUCAGUCUCACCAGCUCAUAGUAUAGAAACAAUCGACUCUCACGGAUUGACAUGAUUUGGGAAGGAGUCAGUAUGUAGCCAUCUAACCCUAAUUCUAAAAUAAAAUAUGAUAUUUAUGCCAGCUAGGAUUUAUAUGUAACUUAUAUUAAGCUAUUGGAAGGUCCUGAUAUAACAUUUCUUUUGUAUUUUGUGUUUAUUGUUAGUCUCUGUUCUUCCGUUUAUUGUGUUGAACGGGUCAGAAUGCGUUAGGAUCAAUCAUAUAUUAGGCAACACAAACUGAAUGUGUAAGCUAAUUACAAAUAAAUCAAUAAAGUGUUUUACUGUUUAUAUUAUAUAAUGGUUUUUAAUUAUGUUUUAAACCUCAUUAUUAGAUGUACAACAUGCAGGAAAAUUUUAUAUUGGCUGUACAUAUUAAAGGAGUGAGAAUAUGGUAAGAUGGAGGGAUGAGAGCGACAUAUUAUAAAACAAGACAUUGUUACCAUAAAAUAAGCCAAACACGGACUGAGGAUAAUAGUUAAAACCUUCUCACCCAACACUGCUGUGACGAGACCAAUCUCGCCACAUUGCAUUGGAGAAGCCUGGUUGCUCGCCUGCUGCCUCUGGACUAUGGCCCCCUGUUAAAAGACAUCUUUUUUACCUGCAGAAAAGCUUCAUUCAUGCUUUUCUGCCUGGGGUUCGGUAGAUUUGUUUGAAUGUGUUAUACCCCAGAUAGGAAUCCCAUGGAGCCCAUUUGUAUGAAACUGAC